AGUAUGUGCAUUCUGAGUCUCUGUGGUUUCUAGUGUCUGUGUACUGGACUUGUGCUUUGUCUGAUAUUUUAGAUUUCUAGAUUCCUGUUACAGCACCAGACCCAAACCUUGCAGUUGGCUCCCGCUGCCUGGACUGGUUGAACACUGUCAUUAACACCAAAAGUGCCAAAGUGAGACUCGCCUGGAGAUGAAUUCUGAUUGAAAAUCAACCAAAUGACGUUUAGAUCUUAAAGGAACAGCGCACCCAGCUUCCGAAGAGGUGACCUUGGCCAGGUUGUGUGGGUACCACUUCCUCGCAUUGUCUGUGUUCUGUACAUCAAAAACAACAACAAAGCCUUUUAUCCAUCUCCUGCUGUCACCCGAUUUCCUAUGGCAAAUGAGAGAUCUUCUUUGCAAAAGCUACCAUUGAACUGCAUGGGGAAUUCAAGCACUCUUUUGUACACCAGUGGUCUCUCCAGUAGUAGAGAUAAUCCAACUGGAAGAAAAGAAGUUUCUAUAACUGCACCUAGAACAUUGAGUGAACUAUCCCUGUCUGGUCUCCUGGAUAAAUUACAUGUCAAUCAAACUGACAUGCACAAAAAUUCACACAAACCAGAGUAACGCCUUCCCUGAUUAUUUUGGUUACGUUCGAAGCAAUAAUGAUACCAGCUUGCUGGUGUCCCCACUGGUUGUGGCUGGGAUAGUAAUCGGUCUGGUCCUCUUUCUAUCCUGUGUUACCAUAAUCAUCGGGAGUUUGAGGAAAGAUGGUGGCGUAAGAGAUUGGCGCAUGGAGGCAGACCCGAGUUACGAUGGGAUUUCCUAUGCGGUACCUGUCGGAGAUUUGAGAUCUGUAUGCACUGGGGAUCUUACACCAUCUUUUGAAUGUGGCUCGUAUCUGGAUUUCAAUGUUGCCUAUAUGGACUCUCCUCCGUGCUAUGAUGACUGUGUCGGGCAUGGAGUCUCUGCAAUAUCUCUUCCUUCAGAUGAUCCUCCUCCAUACUCCUUGGAAGAUCCUUGCCUUCCGUGUGAUUUAGACCUCAAUGUCUCCUCUGAAGAGAACGCAGGCCUUCAACAGACCUCUGACACUUUGCCCUCAGAUGACUUCCAAGUUGUCCCAUCAUCUAGAACUUGGAACGUUGAGAUUGUGCACAUUCCCCUUACACCCAUGGACUCUGUUAAAGACGCCCCUCUACAGAAUCUUCCUCUUCCAGCUCAGACUGUUUAACUCCAUUGAAUGGAUCGAUUCUACAGCAAUACACAAGCAAUUUGUUUAACAUAUCUGCUUCACACUGUAGAAAGAUGCAAUUUAUUUCACUUGCACUAGAUAAGAAACUGUAGUGUUUCGUUAACAGGAAGGAUGCGAGAGAACCCCACAAAAUUAAUAUUUAGCAUCAUCCACCAGGUGCGUCAACUCAAUUUUCUGCUCGUUCCAUUUGGUCGAAAACUGAGAAGUGCCAUUAGAGAUUGCCUAGCAAUAAAUAAUUACAAUAGCAUUGUACGUCAUCUUCGAUAAGUGUGCCUAAGUCAGGACUUGCGCGUAGCUAGGAGAAUACCUCACUAAUCUGUGGUAAUACUGUAUUGCAAAAAGUAUUAAAAUUUAUUUAUACUGAACUAGA